GAUGCAAAAGGUCAGGAUCCAGGAGAGUCAAAUGUGUCAUCGUCAUCACCCAAUCCAUACAGUCAUAUUACAACAAACUCAUCUUACAGGUCGGUUAUGAAUUAUGAGACGAACCAGACCCGGAGAACAUAAUGUUCUCCGCAAUUAGUAAAUUACCCAAUAAAAACGGGCCUUGAAGCUUAGAGUUUUUACUCGAGUCUUGGAGGCCGUAAUAUUUAGGAUUAAUAUAAUUCCCAAACCCAAGUGUGUGUUAUGCACUUGAGCUUCGAGUUUCUCAGUUUGUUACCUCACUUUUUUAACCUGUAGAAUUUCACUUUCUUAUUUUUUUUUGUCUUUGGGUUCUAUGGAAAAUGUAGACACAUUGUCGAACCUGAUAUCAUCAGUAGAUUAUUAUGCUAAAAACAAUAGAAAAUUGAAUAAUUUUAUAUAGAAAAAGAAAAAAUAUUAAUCUGCUUUUUAGAGGGUAAUUUUUUCUUACAAUUUUAUGUAUGUAAGCCACAUGGCUUUCACUGAUUAACCUAAGGAUGAUAAGUCUUAACAUAAAACAUUAGAAAUUAGUUACCAUAUAUAAUUGGCGUUACCAAAGUUGACUGAUUUUCUUCUUCAGUUUUGGACUCAACAUAAAUGUUAUUUUUCUUAUUACUCAUUUCUUUUGCAAAUGUAUUUAGUAUAAAUUGUUAUUCAAAGUCAAAGUUCAAAAAUUAGUUUAUUACCAAACUUUGCAUUUAGUGGAGUAUAUAUUAUAUAUUUGCUCUUAUUUUAUUGAUGUUCCUGAAGAUUAAAAAAAUUACAAGAAAGGCUAACUGACAAAACGGCUCCUUCUUUCAGUUUCAAGUAUCAUCUCUCUCUCACAACGUAUACAUUCAUCCCUUGCGUUUCUUGCUGCAUUCUCAGUUUCUCACAUGGCGUCUGGUCUCUACUCCUCCUCAAAACCAUCUCUGUCUUCUUCUUCAUCAUCUUUUUCGUGGCUGUUCUUGCUAUUGACCCUUCUUCCUCUCUCCUUAGCCUGCUUUGCCUUCCUCCUCCAGUGGCCAGGAGGAAUCAACGAUUGGUUUACUGAUAACUAUCCAUUCCCAGGAAUGUCCCCAAUCUCCAAGAAAAGUUCUGACUCAGGCUGCGUUUCUCUUCUUGGUCAGAGCCAUGCUACAUCGUUUCCUUAUCUCAAAGACUUGAAUCUUGACCACAAGAUUGAUCUGAAACCUAAGAUAUGUAUAACUACCAGCACUUCAGCUGGAUUAGAACAAACAUUGCCAUGGAUAUUCUAUCACAAGGUCAUUGGAGUUUCAACCUUUUAUCUAUUUGUUGAAGGCACUGCUGCUUCCCCAAAUGUCUCUCGUGUUUUGGAGACUAUUCCAGGUGUAAACGUUAUAUACAGGACAAGAGAACUCGAAGAAGAGCAGGCUAAAAGCCGGAUUUGGAAUGAGACUUGGUUACAUAAAUUUUUCUACAAACCAUGUAACUACGAGUUAUUCGUCAAACAAAACUUGAAUAUGGAAAUGGCUAUCACCAUGGCUAGGGAUGAUGGUAUUGACUGGAUACUGCAUCUGGACACUGACGAGCUUGUGCAUCCUUCUGGAGCCAGUGAAUACUCGUUAAGAAGUCUCUUCAGAGAGGUUCCUGCAGAUGUGGACGCGGUUAUCUUUGUAAAUUACGAGAGCAGUGUUGAGAGAGAUGAUAUCAAGGAACCUUUCACUGAGGUGUCAAUGUUCAAGAAGAACUAUGAACAUGUUCCAAGAGAUGUCUACUUUGAAAACUUUAAAGAAGCAACUCAUGGCAAUAAAAACUAUUUUCUCACAUAUGGAAAUGGAAAAUCUGCUGCUAGGAUUCAAGAUCAUCUACGUCCUAAUGGUGCUCAUCGAUGGUAUAACUACAAGAAGAUCCCCAAUUUCAUUUACCUAGAUGAAGCAGCAGUUCUGCACUACACUUACUCAAGAUUUUCAGAUCUUACUUCAAGACGCGACCGAUGUGGAUGCAAACCAACUAGAGAGGAUGUCAAGAGAUGUUUCAUGCUAGAGUUUGACAGAGCAGCAUUCAUCAUUGCUUCAUCAUCAACUUCAGAGGAAAUGCUUCAAUGGUACAGAGAACAUGUUGUAUGGACUGAUGAAAAACUCAAACUCAAACUUCUCAAGGAGGGUAUCCUGACUCGCAUCUAUGCACCAAUGGUUAUAAUCCAAGAGCUAAGAGAAGCAGGUGUUUUCACCUCAGUGGUGACCUCAGCUCACAUGUCUUUCUCAAACAAAUCAAGCAUUUCUAGAGAAUCAUCAUCAUCUCAAGCAACUGUUAGGAAAGUGUUGGAGUUUGAUGACACUAAUGAUCUUGUUUGUGAAUCUAAAGUAGAUUCAGCCGUACCACCUCAAUCUCCUCCAAGUGUUUAA